AUGGGGUCUUUUUGUUGCUGUUUGAGGGAUGAAUGCGAAGAGUUUGGUAAUCCAAACAGCUCGAUAUAUAGGAACUGUAUAUGCCUUCAAUGCUUCCUUCAGAACUUCUUACAUAUGUAUACAUCACUGUUUCAUAGAGAUGGAGAAAAUAUGAUUCCUUCAUCCACUCAAGGGACGUCAUCUUUAAGUUCUUCUGCGUCCCUUGAUAACUCUAUAGCUGAUAUGUACCGCUCUCCUCCAAGACCUCUGCCUUAUGAUGCAGAUCCAAGAUAUUUUCUCUUGCAGCGUGACGGACUGGUCUCUAGAAGGGAGAAAGGCUCGACUCAUUCACACGAGGAGACCAUACCGCUUAGAAGAAGUGAAGUAGAUGAAGAUUCUGAAUCUUUGAGUAACGCAAAGAAAUGGAAGGAGUUUGAAUGUGAAGAAGGAUCAGAAGAAUAUGAUUCUAAAUCGCCAGUAAAGCCUUCAACAGCUAAAACAGCAACAGGAUAUGCUCAUAUUUACACUUCUUCAGAAGAUGAAGAUGUCUGCCCUACAUGUCUCGAAGAAUAUACUACUGAAAACCCCAAGAUAAUUACAAAAUGUUUUCACCAUUACCAUCUCGGUUGUAUAUAUGAAUGGAUGGAAAGAAGUGAUAGUUGUCCAGUUUGUGGCCAGGUGAUGGCAUUUGACGAAACUUGA